AUGGCAGCUGAUAGAUGUGCCGCAUUGCGGAAACCCUAUUGGUACCAAGAAAAUAUGUUCAGUUGGAGGUUCUGGGCGCCAUUUGUAUGUGUCGUCUGCAUCAUUACUCUCAUCUGUCUUUUCCCUCAAAUGGGUCUCGGGAAAAUCGUGAUCUAUGAGACCAGCGGCAACGUGUCGGUAAGAAGAUGUGGGCCAUUGCAGGAAGGCAUGUCCAAGAACAUUAAGGAAUCUACUUUUCCUGUAUUGUAUGGAAGUGUAGGCCUUGUGAUGGUAGCUACUAAUCUUUCCUUUAACGUCGCCGUCCUCAAAACCCUGCACGCAAUGAAGAAGAGGGUUCAUCCUUCAGCACGAUACAGACAGGACACCUCACAGGAGUUUGAAAUGACAAAGAUGCUACUCGCCCUGUCGGCCACAUUCCUCAUCUGCUGGUUACCACUCAAUUUGCAGUUGGUCCUUGUGCAGCAAGGCGUACACAAGUACCGUGUCGUCGACAUUAUUGUCCACUCGUUAGUGAGCUUAAACUUUGUAGUAGACCCCGUCAUCAACCUCACCGUGAAAAGGAAAUACAGGGAUAAGAUGAGACGGAUCUUCAUUUGCAAGAGAAGAUCUGAAACCGAGACAAAUGGGCCCUUCAGACUGACCACACUGUCUACUAACACCGAGGACAUAAUGACAGCUCGGCCUGAGUAG